AUGGCUGAGCGACUUGAAGACAGAAGUAAUGAGAACAAGAUGACGAUAAAAAAUCUAGGUGUCUAUUUAGUUUUAAUACUUGUCAGUGUUAACCAAAUAAAGUGUAGUGACGAAAAUGAAAUGACAAAACGAAUGAAGAUCCUAGAAAGUGUUUCUGGAAGAUUGUUCAGUGAUGUUUAUCAAAACGGUACAUUCCGAACUGGUAAUUUGCUGUGGGACAACAUUUUAAAUAAAUGUACGGUAUCGCCAUCAGUGAGUUGUUUGCAAAAGAAUGUGUAUUCGUUCCUUGACGAUACGUUGGGGAUGAACGGUGAUGUGGAAGUGGCCAGUGGUGUGUGUUUUAAGAAAAAUAAUGUGGAUAUCCACAAGUAUACCAAGGAGGCUAACACGAUCUACCUCACGGGAAGUACGGGAGAGGAAUCAAAGGGAAGAUAUAUCGACAAGGAUCAAGAAAAUGAAAUCGAUAAUGAAGAAUCAGGUGAGUUUUACAAAGUACCUUCUUAA